AAAGUCUCAAUUGCAUAUCACAUUUGAUAUCUUCCUGCAACAAAAAUGUCAAUUGCAGAAGUUUCUGAAUCAUCAGAUCUCAUUGAUUUUCUCGUCAACAAAGGAAAUGGCGUAAAGGGUCUUUGUCAAAUGGGUCUUGAAAUUGUUCCUCAAAAAUUCAUUCAACCCCAUGAAGAAAGGCUAGAUUUUACCCAAAUUAUGUCCUCAGAAUCAAUACCCAUUAUCGAUUUCUCAAAUUUCAAUGACCCAAAAGUUGCAGAAUCGAUUUGUGAUGCAGCAGAGAAAUGGGGUUUUUUUCAAAUCGUGAAUCAUGGAAUCCCAAUUGAAGUUCUUGAAAAUGUAAUUGAAGCUGGGCAUAAGUUCUUUGAAUUGUCUGUUGAAGAAAGAAGGAAGUAUUUGAAAGAGAAUUCACCUACUCAUACUGUGCAAUUGAAGACCAGUUUUAGUCCUUUAGCUGAAAAGAUUUUGGAGUGGAAAGAUUAUCUUUUUCAUAUCUAUGACUGUGAUGAUGAUGAGAGCUCUAAGCUGUGGCCUGCUGUUUCCAAAGAUCAGGUUUUGGAGUACAUGAAGUGGGCUAAACCUAUUAUAGUAAAGCUUCUCGAGGUGUUGCUCGAGAAACUAAACAUUAAGCAGAUUGAUGAAUCGAUGAAAUCUGUUGUUAUGGGCACGUUGAUCGUUAACCUCAUUCACUACCCCGUGUGCCCAAACCCCGAGCUCACUGCUGGUGCUGGCCGUCAUGCUGAUGUUUCUUCGAUCACCAUGCUCCUACAAGACGAUGUUGGUGGCCUUUACGUGCGAGAGCCCAAAGGUGAUGGCUGGAUUCAUGUGCCCCCAGUCAAAGGGGCACUCGUGAUCAAUAUCGGGGACGUCCUUCAAAUCAUGAGCAACGAUAGGUACAAGAGCAUCGAGCAUCGUGUGAUUGUAAAUGCCAGCAGAAACAGAGUGUCAGUGCCAAUAUUUGUGAAUCCAGCACCUGAUGCAGUUUUUGGUCCUUUAACACAAGUGCUACAAAAUGGAGAGAAGCCAUUGUAUAAGCAUGUUGUGUAUUCAGAUUAUUUCAAUUAUUUCUUCAGUAAAGGCCAUGAGGGUAAGCAAACAAUUGAAUUUGCAAAACUAUGACAAGUUCGCUGAUUCAACACUCAUUUCACCUAUGUAUAUGGAAUAUGGAUCCUUU